UUGCUAAUAUGGGUCUAUAUAAGGGUCCGAAAUGACAUGUAUAUUGUAUAUUCAGAUCAAUAACUUGUUAUACACCACACAAGAGUGAACUAUUUAAUAUGGUUGUUGUACAUAACAAGCGUUUUAUACUUGUGGUUUUCAUACUCCUAUGCUUCAUCUCUAUCCAAGUUAGAGCACGAACACACAGAGAAAAAAGCAAUAUAGCCACUAGCACUAAGGAUGCUAGUUCAGCUAAUCAUAAGGAAACAGUACACGAUCACGUGUUAUUCAAGCCAAAAGAUGCAGAUAAUUCGGGUGAAGUGUUCUCAAUGGAUUACACUCCAGCCAGAAGGAAGCCACCGAUUCACAAUUGAAUUGAUUGCAAUUUUGUGCUACAAUUUAUUUUAUACUAGCAAAUUUACAACUUGUAAUUAUCUAGAAUACCCGAUAAGAAAAUCACAGUCUUUCCUACACGAAAGAAUAGGGAAAAUACUGUAUAUUAAAGAUGACAGGAUAAAAUAUGCAUCUGUACACGUGUGCGAGAUCACUAAGCAAAUUUUAGAAAAGUGAUACUUGCAUAAAUUUACAAACACAUACUCCAUUUGCAACCUACUGUAUAACAUCCUAGUUAUAAAGUAACUUUUAAAAUUAUUCAAACUGUGUGUACAUAUCUCACCAAA